CAGACAGGAAGUGAGUUUUAACUUGCAUGAGCUUUGGAUCCUGUACAGAAGAGCAUAAGCGUACAUUGAUUUUUGUGAUUGUUUAUUCUUCUUGUGUUUUGGCACUUACAAAAGGCAGUUGUUUAAGUUCCUGAAUACUGUGGCUUGUGGGGCUGAAGACUGAAGCAAGAAAUCAUGAAGUUGGAGGUUCCACAAAGCUUUUCAGAUGUCGCUGUUGAGUUUUCAGGAGAGGAGUGGGAGAUGUUAAGUAAACCGCAGAAAGAGCUACACAGGAACGUGAUGGUACAGAACUACGAGAACAUGAUUUCUGUAGGGUAUCAAAUCCCAGUGGAGCAUCUUUGGGUAUAUAUUAAGAACAAUGAAACAAUUCUAUCUGCUGCCAGUGAAGGAGACAUGGCGGUGCAGGAAAUGCAGCUUCCUGAUAUAAGUAUCAGCAUCAACAGGAGCACAGAUUGUACUGAGGUCUGGAGUCUGCAGUCAACACAAGACACAUCGCUUAAUUCUGAGCCUGAUCAAGCUUUGCUGGAGAACUUAGUGAUUACAAGACACAGCCUGGUGCCAAGUGAAAGGAAACAUCAUAACUGUAUGGAAAACAAAGAUGAAUUUGGCAAGAAAAUUGAAAUGGAAAUGCAUCUGGAACCUCAAGAAGGAAAAGAGCCAUACAGGCUUAAUCACAACGAUAAUUUAAUGCUUCACUUUAGUGGCCUGACUGAUCAGUUAAUUCACACUGGCAAAGGAAGAAUGAAUAUGCCAGCAAUAUAUAAGCAAGUAUACAAUAAAAAGAAACAAUAUAAACAUGCCAUACAUGACAGGGGUAUCACAAGUAAAGUGAAAUUAGCAGCGAGUAACACUCCUCAUACUAGAGAGAAACAAUUUAAAUGUAACAGCCAUGAAAAAUGUUUUACACAAAAGUCCAGAGUAGAAAAUUUUCACUAUAUCCACACUAGUCUGAAACCUUAUGUAUGUGCUACAUGUGGAAAGGGGUUUAAAUGGAAGGGUGACAUGGUAAGCCAUCAGUAUAUACACACUGGUCUGAAACCUUAUAAGUGUGCGAUAUGUGCAAAAGAGUUUACAUGGAAGCGUACCUUUGUAAGCCAUCAGUAUACACACACUGGGCAGAAACCUUAUGUAUGUGCUACAUGUGGAAAGGGAUUUGCACUGAAGGCUACUAUGGUAAGCCAUCAGUAUACACACACUGGGCAGAAGCCUUAUAUGUGUGCUACAUGUGGAAAGGGGUUUAAAUGGAAGGGUGACAUGGUAAGACAUCAGCGUACACACACUGGUCUGAAACCUUAUAAGUGUGCUACAUGUGGAAAGGGGUUUACAGAGAAGGGUGUCAUGGUAAGCCAUCAGUGUAUACACACUGGUCUGAAACCUUAUAAGUGUGCUACAUGUGCAAAGGAGUUUAUAUGGAAAGGUGCCUUUGUAAGCCAUCAGUAUACACACACUGGGCAGAAACCGUAUACGUGUGCUACAUGUGGAAAGGGGUUUGCACUUAAGGCUACUAUGAUAAGCCAUCAGUAUACACACACUGGGCAGAAGCCUUAUAAGUGUGCUACAUGUGGAAAGGGGUUUAAAUGGAAGGGUGACAUGGUAAAACAUCAGCAUACACACACUGGUCUGAAACCUUAUAAGUGUGCUACAUGUGGAAAGGGGUUUACAGAGAAGGGUGCCAUGGUAAGACAUCAGUAUGUACACACUGGUCUGAAACCUUAUAAGUGUGCUACAUGUGGAAAGGAGUUUACAUGGAAGCGUACCUAUGUAAGCCAUCAGUAUACACACACUGGACAGAAACCUUACAAGUGUGCUACAUGUGGAAAGGGGUUUAAAGAGAAGGUUGCCAUGAUAAGCCAUCAGUAUACACACACUGGCCUGAAACCUUAUAAGUGUGCUACAUGUGGAAAGGAGUUUACAUGGAAGCGUACCUUUGUAAGCCAUCAGUAUACACACACUGGGCUGAAACCUUAUGUGUGUGCUACAUGUGGAAAGGGGUUUGCACUGAAGGCUGCUAUGGUAAGCCAUCAGUAUACACACACUGGGCAGAAACCUUAUAAGUGUGCUACAUGUGGAAAGGCGUUUACAGACAGGGGUGUCAUGGUAAGACAUCAGUAUACACACACUGAUCUGAAACCUUACAACUGUGCUAUAUGUGGAAAGGGGUUUAUACGGAAGGGUGACAUGGUAAGCCAUCAAUAUACACACACUGGUCUGAAACUUUAUAAGUGUGCUACAUGUGGAAAGGAAUUUACACGGAAGGAUAACAUGGUAAGGCAUCAGUAUAGCCACACUGAGCAGAAACCUUAUAUGUGUGCUACAUGUGGAAAGGGGUUUAAACGGAAGGGUGACAUGGUUAGCCAUCAGUGUACACCCACUAGUCUGAACUGGUAUUAGAAUAGAUCAGAAUCUAUCAUGAACUAUUGCGAAUAACAAAUUAAACAUUUCAGCAAUGGCUGAAAAACUUAGAAGACAUACAGAUAAAUAUAUGGGAAAACUACAAAAUAAGCAAUUUAUUGAUGACCCAAAAA